CUCCCGGACGAGGGCUGGGGAAAACAAUAACAAAACAAAACCCAGAGAGAUAGAUACAGGGGGAAAAAACACAGAGACACACACAGAGAGGGAUUAAAAACUUGGGAGUUGAAGUUCGCCUGGUCCCAGAGCACAAUUCCCUUGCAAUUUCCGGAGCAGAAAUGAAGGAGCCGGGCUUGAGGAGGAGGGGGGGGGAUGAAGAGCUGCGAGGAGAGUGCUGCUGAUGCCCGGAGAGAGAAUGAAGGCAAAGGCGUGGAGAAGUUGAGCAGGGGAAGAAGAAGAGAGCCGUGUUGUUGCUUCUUCUCUCUUCUCAGAGCCCUGAGGAGGAGACAAAAAGAGCUGAAGGGCUGAGAAGUGGAGCAAGGGAAGAAGAAAGCCGUGCUGUUGCUUCUUCUCUCUUCUCAGAGGUGCCGAUUGCUGAAGAAGGCAAAGAGGUGGAGCUGAGGAGGAGGGGAAGAAGAAGAAAGCCGUGUUGCUGCUCCUUUUCUCUCCUCAAAGCCUUGGAAAAGGAGAUAAGAAGAGCUGAAGGGAGAUUGGUGCCGAUUGCUGACGAGAGAGAGAAGAGCAAAGGCGAGGAGAAGUUGAGGAGGGGAAGAAGAAGAAAGCGGUGGUGUUGCUUCUUUCCUCAGAGACUUGAGGAGGAGACAAGCGAAUUGAAAGGCUGAGGAGUUGAGGAGGGGAAGAAGGAGAAGAAAGCGGUGGUGUUGCUUCUUUCCUCUCUUUCCUCAGAGCCUUGACGAGGAGACAAGAGAACUGAAAGACUGAGGAGUUGAGGAGGGGAAGAAGAAGAAAUCGGCGGUGUUGUUUCUUUCCUCAGAGCCUUGACGAGGAGACAAGAGAACUGAAAGUCUGAGGAGUUGAGGAGGGGAAGAAGAAAGUGCUGCUGCUUCUUUUCUCUCUCUCCACAGAGCAUUGUGUGAGACAGUGGUGCCGAUUGCUGAAGAGAGACAGAACAGCAAAGGCGUGGAGAAGAAGUUGAGGAGGGGAAGAAGAAGAAGAAAGCGGUGGUGUUACUUCUUUUCCCUCUUUCCCCUCAGAGCCUUGAGAGAGAGGUGCUGCUGAUUGCUGCAGAGAGAAAGAAGGGCAAAGGCUUGGAGAAGUUGAGGAGAGGACGAAGAAAGCCGUGUUGUUGCUUCUUUUCUCUCCCCAGAGCCUUGAAGAGGAGACAAGAAGAGCUGAAGGGCUGAGAAGUUGAGGAAAGGAAGAAGAAAGCCCUGUUGUUGCUUCUUCUCUCUCCCCAGAGCCUCGAGGAGGAGGCAAGAGGACCUGAAGAGAGAUUGGUGCCGAUUGCCCAAGAGAGAAAGAAGGGCAAAGCUUUGGAGAAGUUCAGGAGAGGAAGAAGAAAGUGUUGUGCUGAUUCUUUUCCUUCUCCCUCUUCAGAGCCUUGAGAGAGAGGUGCUGCUGACUGCUGAAGAGAGAAAGAAGGGCAGAAAGGCGUUGAGAAGUUGAGGAGGGGAGAAGAAAGCCCUGUUGUUGCUUCUUUUCUCUCUCCAGAGCCUUGAGGAGGAGGCAAGAAGAGCUGAAGAGAGAUCGGAGCCCAUUGCUGAAGAGAAAAAGAAGGGCAAAGGCUUGGAGAAGUUCAGGAGAGGAAGAAGAAAGUGUUGCUGCUGAUUCUUUUCCUUCUCCCUCUUCAGAGCCUUGAGAGAGAGGUGCUGCUGAUUGCCAAAGAGAGAAAGAAGGGCAAAGCCGUGGAGAAGAAGAAGAAAGUGGUGGUGCUGCUUCUUUUCCCUCCUCAGAGCAUUGUGAGAGACAGUGGUGCUGAUUGAAGGAAGAAAGGAGGCAAAGGCGUGGAGAAGAAGUUGAGGAGGGGGAGAAGAAGAAGAAAGCAGUGGUGUGACUUCUUUCCCCUCUGAGCCUUGAGAGAGAGAGGUGGUGCUGACUGCUGAAGAGAGAGAGAAAGGAGGCAAAGGCGUGGAGAAGAAGUUCAGGAGGGGAAGAAGAAGAAAGCGGUGUUGUUUCUCUCUCUCUCUCUCUCUUUCUCUCUCUCUCCUCAGAGCAGGAAGGGGAGGGAGGAGGGAGAGGAGAAAAGGGAGAAGCCAAUGCAGAAGGCGGCGGAGUAGAGCCAGAGGAGGAGGAGAAGCAGGAGGAGAAGCAGGAGGAGGAGGAGGAGGGCGGCUGAAGGCGGCUGGGUCUCUCUCUCUCUCUCUCUCCCUCCCUUCCUGGACAAGAGCCUUGGCUCGUUCUCUGCCACCGCCAAGCUGGCGAGCCAAGGCGGCCUCCCGCUGUCCGCGCCUCCCUCGGCCUCCUCGCUGCCCUUCUGGAGGACGGUGGCGGCGAAGCGGAUGCCUUCCUCGGAGCUCUCGCUGGGCAACAACGCCGGGGGUGGCGGCGGCGGAGGGAGCUCGGACUUGCCCACCAGCCCCUUGGCCAUGGAGUACGUCAACGACUUCGACCUCAUGAAGUUCGAGGUGAAGAAGGAGCCGCUGGAGAGCGAGCGGCUCAUCAGCCAGUGCGGGAGGCUCAUCGCCGGCGGGUCGCUCUCCUCCACGCCGAUGAGCACGCCGUGCAGCUCGGUGCCGCCUUCGCCCAGCUUCUCCGCGCCCAGCCCGGGCUCUUCCGGAGGAGGAGGAGGAGGAGGAGGGCAGAGCGGAGGGACCGGCAGCCACGGAGGGCCCGGCCACGACCAGAAGGGCCCCCUGGAAGACUACUACUGGAUGAGCGGCUACCCGACGCAGCUCAACCCGGAGGCGCUGGCGUUCAGUCCCGAGGACGCGGUGGAAGCCCUCAUCAGCAGCAGCCACCACCAGCUCCAAAGCGUGGCUCGCAACGCCGCCGCCUUCGAUGGCUACCCGAGAGGGCAACAGCUGGGGGGCAACCCGGACGAGAUGGGCUCCGCUGCGGCGGUUGUGUCCGCUGUCAUCGCAGCCGCGGCGGCUCAGCAGCAGCAGAACGGAGCGCAGCACUACCACCACCACCACCACCACCACCCGCACCACCACUCUUCCGCGGCGAGUAGCAACCCUCCUCCUCCUCCUCCGCACCCGAAUUCCGCACCUCCUCCUCCUCCUCCGGUGUCGUCGUCGCACUCCUCGUCCCCUUUCGACGACCGCUUCUCCGACGACCAGCUGGUCACCAUGUCGGUGCGGGAGCUGAACCGGCAGCUCCGCGGCGUGAGCAAGGAGGAGGUGAUCCGGCUCAAGCAGAAGCGCCGCACGCUCAAGAACCGCGGCUACGCCCAGUCCUGCCGCUUCAAGCGGGUCCAGCAGCGCCACGUGCUCGAGUCCGAGAAGACCCAGCUCCUCUCGCAGGUCGAGCACCUCAAGCAGGAGAUCUCCAGGCUGGUCCGGGAGAGGGACGCCUACAAGGAGAAGUACGAGAAGCUCGUCAGCAGCGGGUUCCGAGAAAGCAACGCCGGCGGAGGAGGAGUCGUAGUGGGCGCCGGGAACGGAGGCAGCGGCAACGGCAACGCCGGCGGAGGCGGCCACGACAACAGCGGGAGCCGAGCCAGCCCCUCCUCGCCCGAGUUUUUCAUGAGCGACUUGAGAAACUGCAAGUUGCUUCUGGUGUGAAGGACAUUGCCCAGGGGACACCCGGAUUUUUGGAUGUUUUCCCAUCCUUGUGGGAUGCUUCUCUCCUAUCCCUGCAUGGGAAGCUGGAGCUGACAGAGGGAGCUCAUCCGCGCUCGCCAUGGAUUCGAACCUCCAUUCUGUCGGUUUUCAGUCCUGCCGGCACAAGAGUUUAACCCAUUGCGCCACCAGAGGCUCCAGUUUAGCAUAAUCUUCAAUCCUCUUUGCUCUGUGUCUUACCAAACUACAACUCCCAAAACUCCAAAGCAUGGAGCUUUGACAGUUCAGGCGGAACCAAACUGCAUUCAUUCCACAGUGUAGAAUCCCCCCACUUACUUGUUUUUCUCUUUGCUCCAUAUGUGUGUUUGUAAUGUUUUGUUUUGAAAGUCCCAACUUCUUACCAGCUCCACUUUUCAUGCCUGGCGUGCUUUUCAAACUUGCCAUUGACAUGAUUGAGAUUCAUUAUUAUUAGUAUUCAGUUUGGGAAGUGUUUUCUCUCUUUUCCUCUUCUUUUCCUUUUCUGAAUUUGCUGUGCCCUAACACACACACACACACACACCAAAAAGUUACUUCUUGGGGGUCGCCCUCAGCUUUUCCUUCUCUGGGGAUAAUGGGGGGAAAAUAGAAGAAUAACAAAGCAAAACAUACCCUAUAGACCGAUUUCUGACUUUGGGAUUGCUGAGUUCCAGCUAAACCUAGAGAAUAUAUCUAUCUAGAUCAACCUACCUGAAUGACGCCUGCCUGCAUCGACUUCCCUAUGUUGUUCAUGCUGUGAGUUAUGGCCUCCGAAGUUGCCAAACGGAGUAACUUUGAGGCCACCAUUAGACUCCCAUUCUCAUCUCAUACAUUAUUAUGCUUGCCACUUUGUCUUAGCAUCAAUUAACUCUUGUCAUCGUUCCCAAAAAAAAAACUAUGGGGAGAAAGAAAGAAAGAAAAGAAAAAGAACAAAAAAGACAUUAUAUUGAUAAUAGCCCUGCAUGCUGGACAUGUACGGUAUAUUUUAUUUUCCUUUUUUGCUUGGAUAUGGACUUUGGAAACUAUAAUGGCAUGACAUUCAUCUUUUUUUUUUUUAAUUUGUGUUGCCCGGACACUUUUUUGAAUGGAAAAAAAAGCAAAAAAGUGCAGCCUUGUCGGGUCCGUUCCUCCCCUCCCCAUUCAAGUUUUGCAUCUGCUCUGGAAACUGCUUUGAGUUGCUCAGAACUUCAGACUUCUCUGUAAACACCUCAAACACGCGUACACACAUGUACAAGAGGCCAGACAUGGAUUGUGAUUACCUUAAUGUGGAAAACUGAACGAGAACUGCAAGAUAGUUUCACAAAAUUACUUCCAAUUGAUGGGAUUUGAAGAUGAUGAUGUUGCUUAAAGCAGUCAAAAAAAUAUAUGUUUAUUUUGGAAUGAUUGCCCUCCCAUGUCCUUAUUUUCUUUCCCUAUUUUUUUGCGUUUUUGUGUCAUUGUCAAAAUGUGCAAUGCAAUGGGCUCCUGGUAUUAUAUAUAAUUUAAUUCUCGCUUUUGUUAUUGUCUGUUAGCCCAGUUCACGAUGUAUGCUACAGAUAAAGGAAUGUUAUAAAUGACUUCAAAAGAGUUUAGAGGUUAGGGUUUUGUUUUCGUUUCUAAACAUGAUGCACUAAAUCGUUCACUGUUGUUGAUGUUGAAAGAGGGUAGAAAUUUGCAACGGGACUCUCGUUUUGUUAACAACACGGAAUUAGAUAACCCAGCAUGUGUUUUGUGACUUAAGUUCAAUAUGUGUCGAUUUUGCUAUGCCAUUGACUGUAUUUGGAAACCAAAGUAUUAAAAAGGGGGGAGCCUCCCAUUUAUAUCGAUAGGAGUGUGUUCAAAAUGUAUGGUGGGGCCUUGGGAAUAUUUUCGUUUUUGUUUUUGUUGGGGGGAGACGAGCAUUGAAAUCUUUGGGACUGAAUUGCACUAAAUAUAUAAUCGGAAACAUAAAAUAUAAACCCUUGCAAAACCUGUUAGUUAGUACAUCACACACGAGGGGGGAAAAUCCACUUAGAAUCCAGUUUCUGUCUCUUGCGGAAUUGUGGAGUUUGUAGUUUUGGAAGUAGUUUGUAGUAGCUACUGCAAACUCCAAAAUUCUGUAGGAAAGAAAUCUGAAUUUAAGUGGAUUUUUUCCCCUCUAGUGUGAUGAAUGAUGCUAAUCCCAUUUAUGCAGUUACGAAAAUGGCAUUACUGCUCCGUUUUUUUAAAUGAUGCAGAUUUUUUUUACUGUUGUUAUUGUGGUGCAGAACUGGAUUUUCUGUAACGUCACAAAUCCACGCAAAUAGGCAUUAAUCAGCGGUUUUUAUGUUCAGGGACUGAUAAUAAUCCUGUCUUUUUACAAAAAGAAAAAAUUCUUACCACAAUAAAUAUAAAAAAAUCUUGUCAGUUACUUUUUUUUGUCCCCCUUUACAUAUUUUGCUGUGCAAAAUUGAGUGACGAACUAACCCUGUGUGAUGUUCCUCAUGUGCUUUUCUUUAAUUCCCCCCACCCCUCUCCCCAUAACUCUCUGGUUAUAUCAAAAGGAAAUAAUAUUCUAUUAUAAUAAACUGCAUUUCUGAUUCUG